AUGUCUGUUCUCCCUGCCGAGGUGCAGGGAGCCUUGACCCAGCUCCUGCACGCCCUUUCAUCGCCCGACAACACUCUCCGCAGUCAAGCGGAAGAGCAGCUCAACAAUGACUGGACUCCCAACCGUCCCGAGGUGUUGUUGAUGGGCUUGGCCGAACAACUCCAAGCCGCGCCAGACUCGUCGACACGUUCCUUCGCUGCAGUGUUGUUUCGCAAACAAGCCUCAAAACAACGCAAAAUUCCCCCCAGCUCCGACUCUAGGGAAUUGUUUUGGUCCCUCAGCGCCGAGGCUAAAACGGCCAUUCGGUCAAAAUUGCUGGAGGGUCUAGCAAGGGAACAAGUCAACCAAGUCAGGAAUAAAAUCGGAGAUGCAAUCGCAGAGAUUGCACGACAAUAUGUGGAUGCCGGCACGAACGAAAACUGGGUGGAACUACUGCAUGCGCUGUUCCAAGCGAGCCAGUCAAGUGACGCCGGCAUGCGUGAAUGUUCAUUCAGAAUAUUCUCCACGACGCCUGGCAUAAUUGAGAGAGAGCACGAAGGCGCCGUUCAGGAGGUCUUUCUCAAAGGCUUCAAGGACAGCAGUGUCGAGGUCCGCCUCUCAGCAAUCGAAGCAUUUGCCUCGUUCUUUCAUUCCGUCACCAAAAAGACCCAACCAAAGUACUAUCCUUUGAUACCAGAAAUCCUCAACAUUCUACCACCUCUCAAAGAAGCUGGAGACACCGACAAUCUAUCAAAGGCAUUUGUUUCGCUUAUUGAACUCGCCGAAAUAUGCCCCAAAAUGUUCAAGGGUCUUUUCAACAAUCUAGUCAAGUUUAGCAUCUCAGUCAUCCAAGAAAAAGAACUAGGCGAUCAAACGCGGCAGAAUGCUUUGGAGUUGAUGGCUACUUUCGCCGAAUGGGCGCCAGCCAUGUGCAAGAAAGAUCCCUCAUAUGUGAACGACAUGGUUACGCAAUGUCUUAGCUUGAUGACUGACAUUGGAAUCGAUGAUGAUGACGCCGCGGAGUGGAACGCGACCGAGGAUCUUGAUAAUGAAGAAAACGACCUGAACCAUGUCGCAGGCGAGCAGUGCAUGGACCGUUUGGCUAACAAAUUAGGAGGACAAGUGAUGCUUCCUGCAACAUUCACAUGGCUCCCGAGAAUGAUGCAUUCUUCAUCGUGGAGAGAUCGACACGCCGCUCUAAUGGCCAUUUCGGCAAUUUCUGAGGGCUGUCGAGAUCUUAUGAUCGGCGAAUUGGACAAGGUCCUCGAACUGGUUGUGCCAUCCUUGAGAGAUCCUCAUCCACGAGUGAGAUUUGCUGGGUGCAAUGCCCUAGGCCAGAUGAGCACCGACUUUGCUGGGCCUAUGCAGGAAAAGUAUCACCAGGUGGUGUUGACAAACAUCAUUCCCGUCCUCGAAGCGCCCGAACCGCGAGUACAAGCACAUGCAGCUGCGGCGCUGGUCAACUUCUGUGAAGAGGCGGAGAAGGCAAUCUUGGAACCGUACCUGGAUCAACUACUCGGACAUCUCCUGCAGCUCUUGCAAUCUCCAAAGCGGUACGUUCAGGAGCAAGCACUAUCAACUAUCGCCACGAUCGCCGAUUCGGCCGAGAGUGCCUUCGUUCGCUACUACGAUACCUUGAUGCCUCUUCUCUUCAACGUCCUGCAAGCCGAACAGUCGAAAGAGUAUCGAUUGCUCCGCGCCAAAGCCAUGGAGUGCGCGACGCUCAUCGCCCUGGCUGUGGGUAAGGAGAAGAUGGGACAAGAUGGCAUCACGCUCGUCCAGAUCCUCGGCAACAUUCAGCAAAACAUCACGGAUGAUGACGACCCACAGUCACAGUAUCUUUUGCAUUGCUGGGGACGUAUGUGCAGGGUUCUAGCUUCUGAUUUUGUCCCUUAUCUUCCUGGAGUUAUGCCCCCCUUGUUGGAGCUCGCCGCCGCCAAAGCAGAUAUCCAGCUGAUAGACAGCGAAGAUGAAGUGCUCGAAGAGGAGGGAUGGGAGCUGGUGCCUUUGAAGGGAAAAGUCAUCGGCAUCAAGACGUCCACACUCGAGGAUAAACACACGGCGAUUGAACUCAUCACUAUCUACGCACAGAUUCUGGAAGCAGAUUUCGAGCCGUAUGUGGCCGAUAUCACGGAACGAAUCGCCCUGCCUGGAUUGUCGUUCUUCUUCCACGAUCCCGUUCGGGUGGCGUCUGCCAAAUUGAUCCCGCAGUUACUCAACUCGAUCAAAAAGCGAUACGGCGAGCAGUCGCCACAAUUGAACGAAAUCUGGACCAAGUGUUCCGAGAAGGAGAUUGAAAUCCUGAGUGCUGAACCUUCGAUCGACACCUUGGCAGAAAUGUUCCAAUGUUUCUACGAGAGUGUCGAAGUGGUAGGCAAGGGCUGCUUGACGCAACACCACAUGGAGCAAUUCGUGCAAUCGGUCAAGUCGACGCUGGAAGAGUUCCAGAAACGCGUCCAAGAGCGCGCUGAAGAAAAGGCCGAAUCUGCUGCUGUCAAUCAGGGCCCGGAUGCCGAUGAAGAAGAUUCCUUGUCGGUACAGUACGCCAUUGAGGACGACCAGACCCUCCUCUCCGACAUGAACAAAGCCUUCCACACCAUCUUUAAGAAUAUGGGCGUUGCAUUCCUCCCAGCGUGGCAGCAGCUCAUGCCCUUUUAUGACGCGUUUGUCACCAACCCGGAUCCUAUGCAGCGACAGUGGGCUAUCUGCAUCUUUGACGAUGUAUUGGAGUUCUGCGGGUCACAGUCGUACCAGUUUUCUGACCACAUCAUACAACCCCUGAUUAACGGCAUGAGGGACGAAAAUGCCAAUAAUCGACAAGCAGCCGCCUACGGGGUGGGCAUCGCAGGACAAAAGGGUGGAGAGCAAUGGAGCGACUUUGUGGCGGCGAGUAUCGACACUCUGUUACAGAUCACGCGGGUUCCCAACGCAAGGAGCGACGACGAUGUUUUUGCAACAGAGAAUGCUUGUGCUGCAAUCGCAAAGAUUCUGCACUUUAACGCAGCCAAGGUGGUCAAUCCGCAGUCGGUCGUGGAGCAAUGGCUCGACACGCUGCCUGUGGUCAAUGACGAAGAAGCGGCCCCCUAUGCGUACAGUUUUGUUGCGCAGUUGAUUGAUCAACAAAACCCAGCAGUUUUUGCGAAAGCGGCCCAAGUUUUCCACCACAUCGCGCUUGCUCUUGAAGCGGAGAUGAUCCAAGGUGCCACAGCGAAGAAGAUUGUCGAGAGUGCCAAGGUGCUUGUUGGCAAGACGGGGAUCAACGCCGAGCAGGUUCUGCAAGGCCUCAGCGAAGACGGGCAGCGGACCGUGAGGAGUUAUUUUGCAUAA